CCUUGUCGGGUUUGGGGCCGCCUCUGGGGCCUGGCGGGCUCCUCCUCCUUGCGCUCUGGAGAGCCCGCCUACCUUCCAACGUGCCCUGCGCGUCCCCACCUCUGAGCCUUUGCACAGGCCUUUCCUCCAGUCCUGACGCCGUUCCCUCUGCCCUGUCCCCUAUACCUCGUCUCCGGGCCUGGUACUCUUAGAAGACCUUCUCCUUCCUUUCCCUUGUUGGGAGACAGAUCCUAAAGUUCUAGGGUGCCUUGGAUAAGUCCAGAGUAGGGCCUGGUCUGGCUUGUCUGACAGGCCCUCAGGUGGGCGUGUUUCACUCCAGACCCUCUUCAAGGGUUUCGAUACUGUGACCACCCCACGACUCCACGCAACGUGUGGCUCAGUUUUUCUUGGCUUUUAUUUUGAUUUUUACAUGCGUGGGCCCAAGCAGUGCUAGUCAUCCAUGGUGUGGUCAACCAAGCACUGUCUCUUGGAGUCCACAUCAGGUCCAUCUUUAUAGCUCCAAGAAGACCCUUUUGAACAAGAAUGCCAUCCCCUCUGGGUCCCCCAUGCCUAUCCCUCAUGGACUCUGAGAUCACCUUUGAGGAGCCUGAGGCUGCACGCCUGCGCUUCCGGGGGUUCUGCUACCAGGAGGUGGCAGGUCCCCGAGAGGCGCUGGCCCAGCUAAGAGACCUGUGUCGCCAGUGGCUGCGGCCCGAGGCCCACUCCAAGGAACAGAUGCUGGAGAUGCUGGUGCUGGAGCAGUUCUUGGGCACACUGCCCCCUGAGAUCCAGGCCUGGGUUCGAGGUCAGCAGCCAGACAGCCCCGAGGAGGCUGCUGCCCUGGUCGAGAGGCUGCAGCAUGACCCUGGGCAGCUGUUGGGCUGGAUCACAGCUCACAUCCUGAAGCGGGAGGUGCUCCCUGCAGCCCAGAAGACAGAGGAAUUCUCGAGGAGCUCUCAUCCCUCAGGGACAGUGGAGUCCCCUGGAGCAGCCCCUGGGGAGGGUCCACAGAACACCAGGAUAGAGAGGUCCACCCAGCUCAGCUGCAGUGUGAAGGAGGAGCCCGAUGCUGAUGGGCAAGAAAUAGCACCCUCCAACACCCCCCUUUCAGUACAGUCCCCUGAGGGGCACCUUGGACACCAGGAACCAGAUCCCAUGUCCUUCCACCAACCCAGGAUUCAGGAGGAGUGGGGGUUGCUGGACCCGUCACAGAAGGAGCUGUACUGGGACACGAUGCUGGAGAAGUACGGCACAGUAGUCUCUCUGGCAGGGUUGCCGACCCCACAGCUGCAGCCAGUGCGGGCCCAGCCUGAGCCCAGGACUGAGGUCUGCAGAAUCCUUUGCCCAGGAGAUGAGAGCGAGGUUCCUCCGGGCUGCCCAGAGGCCCAGCUACCCCGGCGCCAGGGGCCUGUGUCUUGGGAGGGUCUGUCUGGGGCCGCUCCAACUGCUCCGUCGAUGGGCCUGGGGACCCCACCAGUGCAUCCCCCACCCACACCCCCAGAGGCUGGGGAGCCUGGUGCGCCUGCCAGGAAGCCCUAUACGUGCGAGCAGUGUGGCCUCGACUUCGACUGGAAGUCGGUGUUUGUCAUCCACCACCGGACGCAUGCAGGCGGGCAGAGCGCGCAGGCCUGGGCCCUGGGCACCGGGGGCGAUGCGGAGAAUUCGCUGCAGUUUCCCCUGGAACAUGCUGCUUCGCGCCUCCCCUUGCGGUCAUUGGUGGGGCCCAGGAGCUAUGUCUGUGAGGAGUGCGGGCACAGCUUCAGCUGGAAGUCGCAGCUGGUUAUCCACCGGAAGAACCAUGCUGGCCAGCGGCGCCACUUUUGCAGUGACUGCGGCCGCAGCUUUGACUGGAAAUCCCAGCUGGUCAUCCACAGAAAGAGCCACCAGGCUGAGGCCAUGUGAACACCUGGACAGGGCAGCCCUGCCCUGGGCCUCAGAGUUUUCACGGCCUGGAUGCCAGCCCCUGUGGCAUCAGGAUGUGCCUCAGUCCAGGAGAUUCUGAAGGCAGCAGGGGCCUCUGGAGUGAACGGUGGUCCAAGCAGGUCCCCUGCCCCGGCCUCCCCCAAAAGAACUGGGUGUAAGAAAAAGAAGCUGCUCCUUCCCUUCUUGCCCUUGUCUUCCUGAAUGAGGUCUGGGUUCAAGUCCUAGGCUAACUAAUGACGAUGGCCCCAGGCUGCCAAGCCCCAGGACCCCUUGCUUGUGACAUGGUUCAGGCUGACAACACUGUCUACUCCUGGGACCCCAUUGCUGUUCCUGCUUGCAGUGGCUGGGCCUGAGGUCUCAGUUUGGAAGGCAGUAGAAAGCCCAGGAAAGCACAUCUGGCUUCUGUUCGUCCUGCUUCAUGUGACCCUUGACCUCUAUGUGUGUGUUAGAUUUUUAACAUAAGUUCCAUUUUUUUUUUUUUUUUUUUGAGACAGAGUCUCACUUUCUUGCCCAGGAUAGAGUGAGUGCC